AUGGGCGGAGAAUCUUCCCUUUAUUUUCCCACGGGCGAUGACAACUCUGAUGAUUUGCUUCGAUUACUUGAGGCUUUAGAUUCACAAGGUGUUAACAAUUCUUUUUCAAGUUUGAAUGUUCAUAUCUUUGGAGGUUGGCCUUUGCUCUCUCCUAUGAAGCUUCAGUUGGAGCAUUGUGACAAAUGUUCUCAAGUGUUUUGCUCCACCCUUAACUAUAGAAGACAUAUUCGUGUACAUCAUCGGCUGCAAAAGCUUGACAAGGUUCAGGAUUUUACAAAAAGCAGGGAUCUUGUAGGAGCAUAUUGGGAUAAGCUCUCUGCAGAAGAGGCAAAGGAAGUUGUAUCAUUGGAAAAUGUUCUGCUGGAGGAAGUUCCGGCUGCUUCAAUUUUAAAAUCAUUGACAACUCUUAUUCAAAACCAAAGAUUGUAUUCAUUUCCUCCGCAUUAUAUGAUGUCUGGCGCUGUCCUUUUGGGUAUUGCUCAAUCUAGACCUUCCAGCUUUCCCAUAUCUUCCCAAUUGUUGUUCGGUUUUCUUGAUGAUGCCAGUGAAAAAACAUGGUUAUGCGGAACAACAGAGUCAGUGAAAAAAUAUGUAUUUGAUGGAGAUGCGGGAAAAAUUUGUCUUGAACUGAAAAACCUAGUUGCUUGCACAGGUUUCUUGAUAGAACAAAAAUUGGUGAAGGCGUGGCUUACUGACCAGGAUGCCGAAGCACUUAGGUGUCAGGAGCAAUUGGUGGAGGAGGAAAAAGCUGCUCAAAAAAGACAAGCUGAGAUUUUGGGGAAGAAACGCCAGAAGAAGCUCAGACAAAAAGAACAGAAAGCUAGGGAACGAAGAGAGAAAGCUGAGGCAGAAAUUAAAGGCUAUAUUGACCGUGGUGUAAAGGCUUUAUCACUGACUGAAGCAUCUUCAGAUACGCACAAUCUCGAAGCUCAUAAUCCAAAUGCAUUUUCAGAUAACGUAGCUUCACCUGUACCUCCCCAAUAUAUUGACACCAAUGAGGAAAUAAAGGUGGAUACUCCUUCAGAGUAUGAUACCAUCCCUGAUCAGAAUCUUGAGAGCAAAUCGGCUGAACCUAAUGUCUUGCAUACAGACCAUAUUUCUCCUCUGCCAAAAGUUGAAGUCAAUCAGAAAGCUGAAGCCAAGCAUGAUAACAAGGUAUUGAGUCCAAAGUCUGAAGAAAAAACUGACAAGGGAGUUUUAAAAACCACACAAGAAAAACAAGCAGACCAACUUAAGAGCCAAGAAAUUUUGAUAGGAUCUAUACCUGUUAAUAUUGACACUUGCAAACAAUCAGAGGGUAAUACGGUGGCUUCUCAAAAGGAUUCUAUGGUUGAGAAUGUGGGUAAGCCAAUGGAAACUGAAGAUGAAGUUCCAAUUCAAAGUGACGAGACAGAAGGUGAUGCAGUUCAUCGAAAUGUUCCAAGUUUAAGCACGGGUAGAACACAGGGUAGAAUGGACUCUAGAAGCUUGCAGUCCUUCUUCCAGGAUGCAAGAGCUUUCUUAGACAGAAGAUGGGGUGAAACUAUUUCAUCAGAACAUGUGAUAUUGAAUAUUAGCUCUGACUCAGAAGAAUCUUCUUCGUCCCAAGAGACGCAGGAUUGAUGAAGUCUGAAAAGUGAACCAAGAAUCUUCCCAAACGGAAGAAAAAUAGACAAAUACCUCUGUGAAAAGUUAUACA